AUGGGUGCCAAUGAAAGUGCCGAAAUUCAAGUGAACUUUAACCACCCAAAUUCUUUUUAUUCAGCUGGUGAACAAAUAACAGGCAAUAUUUCAUUUCAAAGCACACAUGAGAAAUUGACAUUAGAUGGAAUUUUUCUUGAAUUUAUUGGUGAACUUGGUUUUACAACAAGAGAAACAAAGCAGCAGCACGACAGUAAUGGUAGAAAUCGCGCCGAACCUUUUACAGAAUACCAUCGUAUAGCAUUUAUGACUGUUUGUUUUCCUGUUGUUCAACCUCAAUACGGACAGCAUGAAGUUAUACUUUAUCGUGGUCAAUAUUCCUGGCCAUUUCAAUUUACUCUUCCACAAUGUUUACCUCCAUCAUCGAUUCCUAUGACAAUUGAAUAUCCUUAUGUAAAAUAUUUCAUGCGCAUCGUUCUCAAUAAGCCAUGGUAUAAAUUAAACAGAAAGCAAAUUUAUCCAUUGACAAUAUUUCCACGUGUUAGUCUCAAUCAAAUACCAUCUGCGCAACAAUCUGUUCCUUUCGCGCAGGCCAAUAGGAAAAAACUUCAAGUGGAUGGACAUCUUCUUCAAGCUGGUUUUGUACCUGGUAGUAAACUUUCGUUUCAAAUUAAUCUUCAAAAUCCAAAACGAUGUGAAAUUAAAAAGAUUACAGCAACAUUAAUUCAACAUCGACAAAUUGCACAAACUCAUCAUAGUGAAAUUAUUUUUCGAAACGAUUUGCUUGAUCUUCAUGAAUUUAGUGGAACACAAUUUGAUCGAAUUUAUGAUUUACAAAUACCAUCUGUUCAUUUAGCACCAACUUAUACAUAUAUGUCACAAUGUUGUGCUCCGUCAAUCAAUGUGGAUUUUAAUUAUGAGCUUAAAUUAGACGUAAAAGCACGUGGAUUGUUUACUGAUUUUACUCUACGAGUACCAGUUAUAAUUGGUACAGAACCAAUAUCAAAUCAACACGAACUAAUAAAUAGUUAUGUUGAAAUGCCUCCACCAAGUGCUCCAGUAUAUGAUUUUGACGAACCACCACCAGCCUAUGAGUCGGUGGUUUCAAAUUUCAAACAAUAG